UCACCACCACCACCACCAUUGCCUGUUUUUGCCUUGCGGAACGCCCCUGCAGCCCAGGAUGGGGGUCGGUGGGUGCUUAGUCCUGCCCUGGCGGUGCCUAGUCGUCCUGUGUCUUAGGCUGCUCUUCCUUGUGCCCGCAGGAGUGCCGGUGCGCAGCGGAGAUGCCACCUUCCCCAAGGCGAUGGACAACGUGACCGUCAAGCAAGGCGAGAGCGCCACCCUCAGGUGUACUGUGGAUGACAGGGUCACACGAGUAGCUUGGCUGAACCGGAGCACUAUCCUUUAUGCUGGGAAUGAUAAAUGGUCAAUAGAUGACCGAGUGGUUAUUCUCACAAACACCAAAACUCAGUACAGCAUCAAGAUCCAUAACGUGGACAUAUAUGACGAAGGACCUUACACCUGCUCUGUACAAACAGACAAUCAUCCAAAGACAUCUCGGGUCCAUCUUAUCGUGCAAGUUCCUCCCCAGAUUAUAAACAUCACGUCGGACAUCACUGUCAAUGAAGGCAGCAGCGUCACCCUCUUGUGCUUGGCCUUUGGGAGACCAGAACCAAUGGUGACAUGGAAGCAUCUCUCCCGCAAAGGCCAGGGGUUUAUAAGUGAUGAUGAAUACUUGGAGAUCAUGGGUAUCACCAGAGAACAGUCUGGAGAGUACGAAUGCACAGCUGCCAAUGAUGUUGCAGCACCUGACAUCCGGAGGGUAAAGGUAACUGUAAAUUAUCCUCCAUCCAUCUCCAGUCCCAAGAACACUGGUGUCUCAGUCGGCCAGAAGGGCAUCCUAAGAUGUGAAGCGUCUGCUGUCCCUGUAGCAGAAUUUCAGUGGUUUAAAGAAGAAACCAGAUUAGCCAAUGGGCUGGAUGGAGUGAGAAUCGAGAACAAAGGCCGAAUGUCCACACUUACUUUCUUCAAUGUCUCAGAGAAGGAUUAUGGCAACUAUACCUGUGUGGCCAUCAACAAGCUGGGAAACAGCAAUGCCAGUAUAAUACUGUAUGGCCCUGGAGCAGUACACGACGGGAACAACUCAGCUUCCAGAGCGGUGGCUUGCUUCUGGCUAUCAGGCACCCUCUUUACUUAUUUCUUCCUCAAGUUUUGAUAAGAAAAAAAUCCAUCCAGUCAGAGGUUGAUGGAGGACAAUUACUUUGCUAGAGUUUUUGAGACAUCAGUCCUGCAUUUGUAUGGGAUCCCCUUCCGAGCAGAAGGGAUUGGAAUGCCAACUUAAUUUCCAAGUAUUUAAUGAACACUGAAGGGGAGAAAACACAGAGAUGGGAAGGAGAAACGAAAACCAGAUCCAUGUGAUUUCCUGUGUCUCAUCAGCUCCUGUCCAAGUGCCAUGGAAUGACAGAGGAAACAUUUUGGUCACUGUUUUCCAAAGCAGAUCAAUGACAUCAGGUUGUCAACUUUUUGUUUAGUUUGGGGAUUCAGUUUGCUGGAAGUUCUGGCACAUCUCACUCCUUGUCUGGAUGAUACAGGCUACCAAGAAGAGCUGCUUCUGUCUGCACAAACAACAUUGAGAUGGGUGUCUGUACAGAGAAGAAGUUUUGUCUCCUACAAGUAGAGGAUAGAUCUGCUUUCUGUGAUGGGGUAUAUUUUGGAAUUCUAUUUUGUGCAAUGAAGUAAAAAAUAAAAAAAAGCUACCAGUGUUGCAAACUGUGACCAAAAGUGGCAUCAAUGGUCUCACACUCUUUAAAUCAAACAGUGCCCUUCAGAGGACCUGUUUCAAAUCAUGCCCCAGGACAGAGUCGGACAAAUGGGAUGGCUGCAAUAUUUUCCAUGCUCGCUUACGAAGAUCAGCCAUGUGGGGGAACGAACUACCCGUGAGUCCAAUUUAUGCUGUUUCUUCUCUUAUACAUCAGGUUUUCCCCUGAAACCAAGAUGGAAAAUAAAAUAAAUGACGGAUCCCGAAAUGACAUUUCUCUCUUCAGGAACUUUCUGCAUAGGGAAUGGUCUCAAGACCAUCUUCUAUAAGCCAAGUCCAGGCAGCCAAACAGCAACCUGAAAAGCAGUAAGGAAGUAUCAUGCCCACUGUACUGAGCUGCUAUCAGCCAUGUCUUGGGAACACUAAAAUGACCUUGUAGAUGCGAAGUGACUGGUGCUGAUUCCCAAUGGGUCUACAUGGAUGAUUAAAAAGAUGUGCCAUUCAAGGUGUCUAGAUUAUCUAUACAUGUAAAACAUGAAUGAUUAAAAGAGUCUGAUAUUUACUUAUUCAAGACUAAACAUUCGGGUGGUAUAUUCAUAUUAAAAAA